CAUAGACCAUCUUAAAAUAGUUUAUUAUGCGCUAAUAGAGGCUAAAUUGAGAUACAGUAUUAUGCUAUGGGGAAACAGCUUCCAGUAUAACAUCAAUAGAGCUCUUAUUUCUCAAAAAAGAGCUAUUAGAAUCAUGUUUCGCAUCCCACAAAGGACAUCUUGCAGGCAAUAUUUUCAAAAACUUGGUAUCCUUACGGUGCCUAGUUUAUAUGUGCUUAUAUUACUCACGGAUCUCGUUAAACAUAGCUCUAGAUUUGAAACUGAUGAAGAACAGGAGAUGCGCAAAGUGUCGCGCACCAAAAAUAUAAAAGUUAACUUCCGUCCAUUAUCGAAAGUAGAGGAGCACUGUACAAGACACCAGGCUGUUAAAUUAUUUAACAAAUUACCUGAAGAGCUUAAAACAAUUUCAAAGUAUAAUAUCUUCAAACACAAAUUGAAACAGUUUUUGUUGAGAGGAUGUUUUUAUACGGUAGAUGAAGUGUUUAAUGUUGUUUAAGUCUUAAGUAUUGUUUCUCUUGUUAUUAUUUAGUAUUUAAAUGUUGCCGUAUUUUUAGAUUGAUAUUUAUUUGUUUACUUGUAGGUACCUACAUUUGAUAAGUUCUUUGUUGUUGUUUUUCUCAUGUUUUUCACUUUAUGUACAUAUAUUCAAACACAAUUCUGUAUUGUUCAUGAAUAAAGAUACUAUGACUACUAUGACUAUGACUACUAUUUAAUUUCGGUAGUAUAUUGAUAUAAAUACAACCUCAAUGGUAUCUUUUUAACAUUGGCAACAUGUGCGAGUCAGACACUGCACCCCACUUUUGCUAUCUCAUGUGGACCGUUUUCUCUAGUCUGGUACGAACACCUUUCUGCCUCAGUGAUAAGGUUCAAUUUAGUAUGGCAAAAAAGUUAGAGCGUCCUCCACUUUAUAUCUCCUCCAUGUCUUCACUGUUGAUAAUGACACUGUUGUUGUAAACAAAGUUUGAAAAAGUUAAAAAACGCCGAAUAAUUCAAUUAAUACUUUCUUGCGAAAUUGAAUGUGUGUGAAAAAGUUGUGAGGCAAAUCUUAUAUUACUAGUAACUUUGAACAGUGAUUAAUGGCUAAUAUGAACUGCGAGCCAAGCCAAGCCGCAACUUCGAUUCUAUUUUGCGCUUGCGCUUGACGCCGGGAAGGCCACACACACCAUGCUUAAACCAACGGUUGCGGCGCGUUAAAUAAAACCGCCUACGGCGACACGCGAUGUACCGCCGCGUUCUGCCGCCAGUAUGAGCUCUAGGGUUUUGAAAUUUUAUUGCAUUUAUUCGUGUGAUGAGCAUGGAUAUUUGUUCCUGAGUCAUGGGUGUUUUCUAUGUAUUUAAGUAUUUAUAAAUAUUUAUAUAUUAUACAUAUAUAUCGUUGUCUAAGUACCCUCAACACAAGCCUUAUUGAGCUUACUGUGGGACUUAGUCAAUUUGUGUAAUAAUGUCCUAUAAUAUUUAUUUAUUUAUUUAUUGCAGAUGUUAGAACCAGAAGUAACUAAUGAAAGGACGAUACUGGAUUACCUGAAUGAGGACUGCUGGCACGCCGUGCUGCAGUACGUGCCCGCGCAGGAGCUCAUACGGACAGAGCGCGCCAGCCGCCGGUGGCAGGCGGUGGUGCUCAUGUACUUGCGAGGAGUUCAUAUAACCAUUGAGAAAAAUGAUUGGAAAAAGAAAGAAAAUCCAUUUAACACCUGCACCUUAAUGCCAUCAAAAUAUAAGUCUUUUGAAUGUUGGACCAAGAAACUAGGCUCAUCAGUUACAUCCAUUUACUGCAUCAAUUUGGAGAAUCUAGCAAUGAUUAAAGAAAACUGCCCCAACUUAGGAGCCCUUCAGGCGUCCCGUAUUGAAUGCACUGAGUCUGAACUGCGCCAGUACAAUCUACAUGACAACUUUAAGUUACUGCAGCAGGUGUCUUUCUAUCGGUGUUCUGUAGGGGACAAUACUUUCAGCCAAUUUAUAGCUGAUAAAGCCUUAGAAAAAAUCGAAUUCCGCUACUGCCGUUUUUUGACUGGUCAUUGUUUCAGCAGUAUAAACACGACAAAUUUAAAAUCUCUUGUCCUCGAAUCCUGUAACAACUUACAGUUCAUACGAUAUUCAGUUGCUGAUCGUCUUGGGAGCCUGACAGAACUGAAAGUGGCUAGAGUUAAUAAGGAGAUAGGUUAUGAUGUGCAGUUUGAGUUGGAAAAGAUGGCUAAACUGGAGCGGUUGGAGCUGCAGAGUGCAAUCAUGCUCUUUGGUUUCCCUGAGAAAGUGGGUCAGCUGUCCAGGUUAGAGCACCUUGGUGUAUCAUUUGAACUGGAGUCCUGUGACUUGGAAAAGGUGCUGCGGGGCUGCACGGCGCUGAGAUCCUUGGAGCUGUUGGACUGUGAAUAUAGGUUUGGGUUCGUCGAGGUGAUCAGUCGGCACGGCGGAGCGCUCACGUCGCUCAAGCUGGACCAGGUCAACGCGAAGGACGACGAUGUGCUGGAGCUCGUGCGUGGAUGCCCCAAGCUUGAGAAACGCCAGGAGUCUCAAUGUCCUGGGCAAUACCAAGAGAUGAAGACAACGUAUGAAGGAUUAACAGUAGUGUUCGAGAAAACGAUUAAUGAGUACGACGAAGAAAGUGAGUUUGAGGAUUCUGACGAGGAGAUCGAGUGGUAUGAGGAGGAAUGCGAGGAGGAGGAAGAAUUUGAGGAGGAUGUUGAAUAAUUGUGAAGAUUAAUACCACAGAUCACCUCGAAUACAUCCUGGAGAUGGGAAUAAGAUCUACCCCGCACUAGCAUCUCCCGAGCGGCGGCGUCUAGUCAAGUCUAUGGCUGCUGUUAGAGGCGACGUUGGCGCACCUGCGCAGCACCUUCAGUGUGUGCUAGAGGCGCUCUAUGCAGAGUUUUGCAUAAUAUCCCCUAUUGACAGGGUUCAACUAAAUAACUGCGUAAUGUUAUUUAGUUGUUUAUAUAAUGAGGUGUAUGUGUAGUCUGCGUCGGAUAUGUGCGGAUAUACACCGUGUUUUUAUUGAAUUCCGUUAACUUCGGGGUAUCGGUAAGUACAGUCAAGUGUAAAAAUAUGGGUGUACACAUCUUACUCAAAAAUAUGUCCCAUAGCAUCUUAUUCCAGUGUAAUAAGAGCGUAGUACCAUAUUUAUGAGAUGUUUCUUUCGAUACAUAAUUUUGCACUUGACUGUACGUUUAAAGAAACUAAAUGGCAUAGUUAAUUUAAAAAAAGAAUGUUUUUUUUUUUGUUUUUUUUUUUUAUUGUGAUAAAAAGUAUUUAAAUGUUGCAUAUAGCGUUUUUAUAAUACGGGCAUUACAUUCAACUCAACUAAACAAUUGAAAACUGUGACAUAUCCAUGUCAUUUUAAACAUCGAUCGUCCGAGAUAGUACUUACGUUUAGAAGCGAAUGUAUACACUUGAACUAAACACUAAUCAAUAUGUAAACGGGCCCUAAGGCAAGUGUACACGCUCGUAAGGGCCUUAUAAGAUAAAAAUUAAAUAUUGAUUAUCUCCGAAAUGGAGUUAAUUAGAAUACCGGUUUCUUUGAGAAAGUUACAUAAUUUAAGCUCAGGAAUGCACCCUUGAAAUUAACGGAUACAAAAAACACCGUGUAUAAUAAGAAUAACUAGAAUAAGGUUCCCUAAGUGUAAGUGUGUAAGUCUCAUAGUGUUGUGUUCCUGCCGGUGAGUACGGUUGCCAGAGCUCAACGAGGGGGGGGGGGGGGAUGCUAGGGUCGGCAACGCGCAUGUGACUCCUCUGGAGUUGCAGGCGUACACAGGCUACGGAGACUGCUUACCAUCAGGCAGGCCUAUGCUUGUUUUCCACCGACGUAGUAUAAAAAAAAAGUAGCUUGCCAAAUUUCAAAAUUUGCUGUGAUAUUUUAGUGAUUGUAAAUGUAAAUUGUUAUAAUUAUAACUUAACGCGGCGAAUGAUGUUCCCUAUGACAGUUCCUCGAAUUCGCUUUUGGAUAGAUAUAAUAUAAAUAAUAAUUGUAGAAGUAGGUUUUUACCGUCUUUUUACUAUCUAAUUGUUAUAUUUCUAAAUAAAAAAAGCGUUUAAGUAUCAAAAAAAGUCCAAAAACGUUUGUUUGUUGUUUGACGUUAAAGACCGGUUUGGCCUAGUUGGUAGUGACCCUGCCUACGAAGCUGAUGGUCCCGGGUUCAAAUCCUGGUAAGGGCACUUAUUCGUAUGAUGAGCAUGGAUAUUUGUUCCUGAGUCAUGGGUGUUUUGAGUUAUUUAAGUAUUUAUAAAUAUUUAUAUAUUCGUCAUGUCCGUCUGUCUGUCCGAUUAUGUCACAGCCACUUUUUUCCGAAACUAUAAGAGCUAUACUGUUCAAACUUAGUAAGUGGAUGCAUUCUAUGAACCGCAUUAAGAUGUUCACACAAAAAUAGAAAAAAAAAAAACAAUAAAUUUUGGGGGUUCCCCAUACUUAGAACUGAAACUCAAAAAAUCUUUUCUCAUCAAACCCAUACGUGUGGGGUAUCUAUGGAUAGGUCUUCCAAAAUGAUAUGGAGGUUUCUAAUAUAUUUUUUUUCUAAAAUGAAUAGUUUGCGCGAGAGACACUUCCAAAGUGGUAAAAUGUGUGCCCCCCCCCUGUAACUUCUAAAAUAACAGAAUGAAAAAAUCAAAAAAAAUAUAUGAUAUACAUUACCAUGCAAACUUCCACCGAAAAUUGGUUUGAACGAGAUCUAGUGAGUAGUUUUUUUUAAUACGUCAUAAAAUUAAAAAAAAAAAUCAUCAAACCUAUACGUGUGGGGUAUCUAUGGAUAGGUCUUCAAAAAUGAUAUUUAAGUUCCUAAUAUCAUUUUUUUCUAAACUGAAUAGUUUGCGCGAGAGACACUCCCAAAGUGAAAAAAUGUGUCCCCCCCCCUGUAACUUCUAAAAUAACAGAAUGACAAAUCUAAAAAAAAUAUAUGAUAUACAUUGCCAUGCAAACUUCCACCGAAAAUUGGUUUGAACGAGAUCUAGUAAGUAGUUUUUUUUAAUACGUCAUAAAAUUAAAAAAAAAAAUUGUUUCAUCAAACCCAUACGUGUGGGGUAUCUAUGGAUAGGUCUUCAAAAAAUGAUAUUUAGGUUUCUAAUAUAAUUUUUUUCUAAAAUGAAUAGUUUGCGCGAGAGACACUUCCAAAGUGGUAAAAUGUGUGUCCAAAGUGGUAAAAUGUUGAACAAGAUCUAGUAAGUAGAUUUUUUUUAAUACGUCAUUAAUGGUACGGAACCCUUCAUGCGCGAGUCCGACUCGCACUUGGCCGCUUUUUUUCUUUUUUGUAUUUAAUUUUUAUUUUAUCAGGGUUUCCUAAAGAUGAACGAAAAAUUGAUUAUUUUUGCGCUACGACGCCCGGUUUAGGAGUUUCAGCCCUAUAAAGAUCUCCUAAACCGUGCGUUGUCGCACAAAAAUAAUCAUUUUUUUUCCCCUUUAGGAAACCCCAAAGUAAUAAUAAAAAAAACGAAAAAAAAAAAUAGCGUAAUGGCGUGCGUCGUAGCGCCAAAAUAAUCAAAUUUUUGUUUGCCUUCAAUACCCACGCACUGAAUAACCUAUCAGCCUAUCACAUUAGGACAUGAAACAAUCAUCAUCGUCCUAUUUUUAUUUUUAUUUCAUUGCAUAUUUGAGAAAAGCACUUUACAUACCUCGGCGGAAAAUAUGGGGUUGCCCGCCUCAGACCUAUCCGUCAAUGUUUGAUAAUGGUUUGAUAUUUUUGCAUGUAAAACAUUGUUUUACAUUUCAAAUAGUGUUCUAACGAUAUGCUGAUACAGUAGUAAUGUACUUACUAAUCUAUGGUUUAUUGCUAUGGAGUGUGGAAUUAAGAGGAGUGACAUCUCUUAUCUUAUGGUAGAACUUAUGGAAGGUAGAGUUAAGGAACGCAAUCUCCAUAGGCAGAACUGUUGCAAAAGUGUCAAGCUGUCAGCUAUAAAUAAUAGUUCAAAUCUCUCCAGAGUAGCGCUAGAGUAGCUAAGAACCUAGGCGUUAUUUACGGAGUGAAGUGCGCUGUCUAUGAUUUGAUUUUUUUGUUCAAGUAUUCUAUUAAAGGUUUUUUGAUGACACUUUGACACUUCCAUGGUUUAUUGCAUGCAUAUAUUAGUAUAUGCUAUUACUGUAAGUUGAACUAACGUUAAUUAUAGCGAAUUCUAACUCGAUCACCGCGCCAUCUAUUGGUAGGCGGCGUAACUAGCAUUCAUAGAGUAGUGGUAUCGGUGCAGCGGCUGUGCUGCGUCGCGAGUUGUGUGCAUUCUGUUACUAGUAGCGCCAUCUGGUGACGUGUAGUUAAUUAAUGAAAGUGAACUUGCAUACAAUAUGUAAGUCGGGUGACAAUGCAAUAUUAUGGUACCAUUGAGCUGAUCUGAUGAUGGAGACAGAAGUAGGUCAUAGGAAAUUUGUGAUAAAACAAGUUUUAAAAUCUAUAACUAUUCUGAAAGCAAUAUAAUGUAAUUUUUUGUAUACUACGUCGGUGGCAAACAAGCUUGUGGCCCGCCUGAUACUAAGCAGUCUCCGUAGCCUAUGUAUGUCUGCAAAUUCAGAGGAGUUACAUGCGCGUUGCCGACCCUAACACUCCAAAAUCAUAAUAAUAAUAUGUAAUUAAAUGAUAGUAUAUGAUUUGUAAUUCCUACAUAUUUGCCGUGACUUAAGUGUUUUUAAUAAAAAUACACGUGGAAAUUGC